AUGCUGCAACCGAGCCAAGCACAAAAGGCGCCGGCUCCACCGGUUGGAGCGACGCCCGGAGUGUCGUACACCCCUACAGACCUCAACAUCCCCCCUUAUCUCUACGACAAAGUGCCGUCGCUCUCGUUGUAUAAGCAACUCAAGGACCGCGAACGUGAGAUUGACUUACUCAUCAGUCGCAAGGCGUUGGACUUCCAAGCGAUCCAGCAAAAGCUGUUACACCCUCUGAACAUCCCUUCGGAGACCGGGAUUUUGCGGGUGUUCGUCUACAACACCUGUGACCACCAGCCAUGGCAGAAGAACUCUAAACAAGGCGAACCGACGUGGACGUUGCGAGUUGAAGGUCGAUUCAUUGCCGACAACCUGGCAACUACUUACCCCGUGGACCAAGUGAAGUUUUCGCUGUUUUUGCUGGCCAUUUCCAUCGACUUGAUCCCCAAUGAACACUACCCUCAAUGGACUAAUUCUCAACAAAAUGUCAUUGAAUGGCGUGAAGACCCCCGCGACAAAAACGCCGGGUUUGAUGGGAUUGACGUCAAGCGUCAAGGAAUGUACGAUGUCGAGUGUAAGAUCGCCCUUUUGGUUAAGCAACACUCGCCGUUGCCUAAGUUCGCUCUUUCACCGCAAUUGGCUCAAUUCGUGGGUAUGCAAGAAGCCACCCAGCAAGAGCUCAUGUACACCAUUUGGCAAUACGUGAUCUACAAGGGUCUCUUCAGCAAUACUGAAGCCAUGACUAAAGUGCCAGUAGUUUCGCUGGAUAUUGUUCCUGAUGAAGAAGAGGAUCAAUUGACGGUGGUCAGAUGCGAUCCCGUUCUUAAAAAGUUGUUGGGUGUCGACGCAUUCAAGUUUGGUGACUUGUACAAGAUCUUACAACCUCAUUGUCGUCCUCGCCAACCGAUGAUGGUUGAAUACACCGUCAACACUCGCAAACUGACCACUCUUGGUGAUGUGGUGAUCGAUAUCCCCAUUGAAUUGCCGCUUAACAUGUCCAAACAGCAACAAGAGGUGCUCGAAUUCAACAAGAGAGCGUUUGAAAAUUUGACCAACGCUGACGCCACCAUCGAUCAACUCAACCAAAAAAUCUCGCAGGCGAUCGUUGGUUUGCAAAAUGCCAACACUCGUGAAGUUUUCUACAGAGAAUUGAGCGAAGAUCCGGCUCAGUUUAUUGACCAGUGGUUGCGCACGCAACUGGAGACGCUCAAAGCACUUAAGAGUGACGAAGGUUACAACGAGGAUGUUGUUAGACGCGCACAAUUCUUCGAAGAUAACGAAGAUUUGAUUCGUGAAAAGAUCAACUUGUUAUUAGGGACAAAUCGCUUUACUUAA